CUUUUCUUCACAACCACCAUAAAUCCCCCUCUUCUCUUCUGUGUCAUCAUCAUGGACUACUAUGGUAGCAAGAGAAAGCUCUGGGGCUUCAUUGACGAAGACGAAAGACACCCAGCAAGAACCCACGAUCAAAUGUCAGAACCCGAUCCCCAAUUCAGUCCCUCCAGACCUUCCUCAGCUUCCAUGAUCCAACUUUCACCUCCAAGCCCUGACUCACCAUGGACUCUCUCUCCUCUCCAUCCUUCCCCUUCCCCUUCCCUACUCUACCAUUGUGUCGCAGCCCUCCAUCGCCACGAAGGCACCAUCUUAUCCAUCGCCGUCCUUCGUGGUAAUGUCUUCACAGGCUCCGAAAGCAACCGCAUUCGCGUGUGGCGACAACCGGAAUGCGUCGAACGCGGCUACAUCAAGGCCAAGUCCGGCGAAGUCCGUGCCCUCUUAUCCUAUGGUAAUAUGCUGUUCACCACACAUAGAGACUGCAAGGUUCGAGUCUGGAGAGUUUCGGUAUCGGAAAAUUUCCGAUACAAGAAGAUCACUAGCUUGCCUAGACGAAGCUCUUUCUCUCUGUUUUCCAGAACGAGCUCUCACCAACACAAGGAUUGCAUCUCCUGCCUAGCUUACUACCAUGCAGAGGGGCUUAUCUACACGGGUUCCUGGGACAAAACCGUCAAAACUUGGCGUGUCUCGGAUAAGAGAUGUGUUGACUCGUUCGUGGCUCAUGAGGACAAUGUGAAUGCCAUUGUGGUCAACCAAGAAGAUGGCUGUGUUUUCACUUGCUCUUCUGAUGGAUCUGUCAAGAUAUGGAGAAGGGUUUAUGGGGAAAGUUCUCAUACUCUAACCAUGACACUCAAAUUCCAACCUUCCCCAGUGAAUGCCUUGGCUUUGAGCUGGUCACCCAACUCUUGCUUUCUUUAUUCCGGUUCGUCUGAUGGGUUCAUUAAUUUUUGGGAGAAAGAGAACGGGUCAGGCCGGUUCAACCAUGGUGGGUUUCUGCAAGGGCAUAGAUUUGGGGUUUUAUGUUUGGUGGCAGUGGAGAGGUUGGUGUUCAGUGGUUCAGAGGAUACGACAAUAAGGGUGUGGAGAAGGGAGGAAGGGAGCUGUUUCCAUGCGUGUUUAGCGGUUUUGGAUGGUCACACAGGGCCUGUGAGAUGCUUGGCUGCUUGUUUGGAGAUGGAGAAGGUGGUGAUGGGGUUUUUGGUUUAUAGUGCAAGUUUAGAUCGAAGUUUUAGGGUGUGGAGGGUGAAGGUGUUCCCUGGAGAGACGAAGGUGAAUUUGGGGGAGAAUGAGAGGAUGGAUCGGAAGAGCAAGAUCAUGGAGUAUGAUACCAGUCCAGUGUUAUCGCCGUCCUGGGUUGAAAGGAAGCUUCAAGGUGGUGAUCCUUUACAUUAGAAAUUGGAA